UGGUUGAUGUUACUGAAAUAUUAGAGACAGAAGAAGAGAGAGGGCGGCUGCACGAGCCAUCACAGAACACAACGACGUUGAAUUCUUCUUAAAAUACAUUUCUGCUUUUCUCUGCUCGGUUUGACAACUGGAGAGAAGAAACGAGCCGCGCGCCUUAUUGAAGCCUAAUCCCGCCCCGGGGGGUCUGAAGAGCCGGGGGCAACUUUAGGAAUCAGCCCUCCUCUUUAUUCUCUCGGAGGAGACCAGGACAGCCUUGUUCAGCUGCUUCUGGACCCGUAUCUUCACAUUUUAGACCCCUGGAAAGGAGCAGACGCACGCCGGUCUCCAUGUCUUCUGUGUCGGUAUCUUCUCAGGAGGGGCGGAGCAUGUCCCGGAUGUCUCUGAGCCGUUCCCCCGUGUCCCCCCUGACCCCCCCUCAGGGCAUCCCGUUCGCCGCCCAGCUGACCAAGGCCAACCCCGUGCACAUCGACGUGGGGGGGCACAUGUACACCAGUAGCCUGGCCACGCUCACCAAGUAUCCUGAGUCCAGGAUCGGGCGUCUGUUUAACGGCACAGAGCCCAUUGUGUUGGACAGUCUGAAGCAGCACUACUUCAUCGACAGAGACGGAGACAUCUUCCGCUACAUCCUCAGCUUCCUGCGCACCUGCAAGCUGCUGCUGCCCGAAGACUUCCAGGACUUCCGGCAGCUAUAUGAGGAGGCCCGGUUCUACCAGCUGGCUCCGAUGCUAGGGGAGUUGGACCGGUGGCAGGCAGAGCGCCAGGCGCGCCGGGCGCCGCCCCUAGAGGUGCUGGUCAUGCGCGUGGCGCCCGAUCUGGGCGAGAGGAUCGCGCUGAGCGGAGAGAAGGUCCUGAUAGAGGAGGUCUUCCCCGAGACCGGGGACGUCAUGAUCAACUCGCUCAACGCUGGCUGGAACCAGGACCCCACGCACGUUAUACGGUUCCCCCUCAACGGGUACUGCCACCUCAACUCAGUACAGGUUCUGGAGCGUCUGUUCCAGAAAGGUUUCAGCGUGAAGGCGUCCUGUGGCGGUGGCGUUGACUCGUCUCUGUUCAGCGAGUACGUCUUGUGUCGGGAGCUGCGGCGCCGCACGCCAUCGGUCACCAGCACGCCGGUCCGGAUCAAACAGGAACCUCUGGACUGACCUGGUCACAUCUGGAACAUCUGGACUGACCUGGUCACAUCUGGAACAUCUGGACUGACCGGGUCACACAGGGGAACAUCUGGACUGACCUGGUCACACAGGGGAACAUCUGGACUGACCUGGUCACACAGGGGAACAUCUGGACUGACCUGGUCACAUCUGGACUGACCUGGUCACAUCUGGACUGACCUGGUCACAUCUGGACUGACCCAGGAACAUCUGGGCUGACCUGGUCACAUCUGGACUGACCUGGUCACAUCUGGACUGACCUGGUCACAUCUGGACUGACCCAGGAACAUCUGGACUGACCUGGUCACACAGGGGAACAUCUGGACUGACCUGGUCACACAGGGGAACAUCUGGACUGACCUGGUCACAUCUGGACUGACCUGGUCACAUCUGGACUGACCCAGGAACAUCUGGGCUGACCUGGUCACAUCUGGAACAUCUGGACUGACCUGGUCACAUCUGGACUGACCUGGUCACGCGGGAACAUCUGGACUGACCUGGUCACAGGGGAACAUCUGGACUGACCUGGUCACACAGGGGAACAUCUGGACUGACCUGGUCACACGGGAACAUCUGGACUGACCUGGUCACAGGGGAACAUCUGGACUGACCUGGUCACACAGGGGAACAUCUGGACUGACCUGGUCACACGGGAACAUCUGGACUGACCUGGUCACAGGGGAACAUCUGGACUGACCUGGUCACACAGGGGAACAUCUGGACUGACCUGGUCACACAGGGGAACAUCUGGACUGACCUGGUCACACAGGGGAACAUCUGUUUUACGUUAUAAGUCAUGACGCCAUUUUGUUAUAAACUGUGUCAGCGCUUUUUAUAAAAGCUCAGAGCAGCUUUCUGAAGUGACAGGCAGAGCAGCCAGACCGGUUGUUCCCAUGACAACAGGAAACAUGUUUCCAUAACAACAGGAAACAUGGAGUCAGAGCCCAGCCAGUGAUAUGAUAACUUGUAUAAGCGAUAACUCAUCCUGCAGCUCAGACCUGGAAGCUAACCGUUUGGACCAGCGCUGUUCUUCUAGACGAUGACGUCAUCACACACUUCACAUCUUUUUAUAAGACUUUGUAGAAAACGUUUACUUAAUGUCUUUGUUUUUCAUGUAAAAGUUGAUAAAAAAAGUAAAAAGUU